AUGCAGCUGAAUGUGGAUGAAGGAGAGCCGCCAGUGGAAGUUUGGAUGGCGCGGCAGAAGUAUGGCUUCCACAGAUCGGGCACUGCCACCCUAAAGUUCCGGCGGAACGGUAGGCACAGGACGGGCAUCGGGGAUCUGACCGUGGUCUUCGAGCAGGCCGAGAUGCCCAGCCAGGUGUCCAUCAUCGCGAAGCAGGGGCCGGGAGGACGACUCGUGCCAGGUGAAGUCUCCGGCGAGACGGGGUCUCUCGCCGUGAACUGGAUGCGUGAAGGCCAGGUUGACUUUCAAGAGUUCCUCGCCGAGAUGCUAAGCACCCGCCAGCUGUGGGCGAAACGCUCCGCUGGCUUCUUCUUGGCCUGGCUAUCGCUCUAUUUCCUGAUGCUCAGGCUUCUGCUGGACCAGAACUUUACCAGCGUAAGGCUGCUUCUGGGCAGCUGUUUGAUCGCCUGGGCAACGUGCCUCUUUGUGACUUCGGCAUGCUGGUUGUUUCGGCCGUGGUUCAGUAUCAUCACGCUGCUUGCGGCCUGCUUCUUUCUGGCCUGCGCAUGGGCAGUCUUCCAGCUGGACAACCCAGCCCCAGACCAGAAGCCUUUGGAGUCAGCUGAGAGCUAUGGCACAUGCGACGCUUGA